AUGCUGAACCAGAACCAGCAUUUUACGGAUGCGCAACGCUCGCAGCAAGCGCGCGGCAAAUCAUACGCAUCCAGCACGGCCGGCGAGCCCUAUGAAGCACGGCAGAAGCGCGAGCAGGCCGCGCAAAUUCUGGGGAGCUUGGAGUUGCUUGUUUGGCACUCAAAUGCGAGGAAUGAGAGCGUUGCGCAAAGCCGCCAGCACUUCCAGAACAUCAUGCUCGGCCUCCCGGACGAUGAGCCCAUCUAUAAAGAAGAGUACGAAGUACCCCCCGAGCAACGUGUGAAACGCAACGAGGCCGGUGAGAUCGUCCACGGCAGCCCUGCGAGAGGUAGUCCAGCGAGGAGCGCGAAGGGCAAGGAGAAAGAGAAGGGAAAGAGGAAGUCAGGUUUGUGGAAUGACGGUCACCCAUUAGCUGGAAGAUAUGGUGUACCGGAGAGGGACGAGUGA